AGGCCAGACGGGCUUUGGCGAUUUUGCUCACGUCCGAAGUCCGGCUGCGGCGGGAUUGGGAUGGGGGGAGCGCGGCGUCGGCGCGACUGCGGAGCGGAGCGCCCGAACCUGAAGGGUCCUUGUGCAAUCUUUUUUCCCCCUCCUGAACACCCUUUUUAAAAAGCCAACGGCCGCCCUGGGAGAGGCCCCGGCGCAUGAAUCAUCCUCGCUUCCUGCCCCCGCCCGGCCCCGCGCUCCGGGUGCCGCGGAUUUGAACUGGACGCGGACGGGAACCCGCAAACAGGCAUUUCUUUGCAGAUGGGUUUGAAUCAGCCAAUCACAGCCCGCGGGGGCCCGCUCCGGGAGGACAGAGGCGGGGGUGGGGGCCACCAGCCGGGGGCCCCCGCCCGGCCGGGCUGGAGCGGGUGCGGCGACCGGGCCCGCUCCCAAAGGCGCAGCGGGGGAGGAAGUGUCAGUUAGUGAACCUGCCGCCGCCUCCGCCUGGCCCCAGGCCCGGCGGGCGGGGACCUCGCAGUGCCGGGGGAGCCAGGUGGCAGGGAGAGGGCAGGGGUUCAGACUGCAUCCCCUGCCCGGUGCCUGUGCGCUAUGGGGGGGUGGGGAACAGGGUGGAUGGGGACGUGGCCAGCCGUCAUCUGUGGAGCCCAGACCCCUGCAGUGCCCUGCUCACCCGGGCCACACACGCACACGCAUGUAUGUGGUUUCACAUACGCACUGGCACACUGCUGUAGACGCCGUCCUGCGCGGUCUCACGGGAGUGCACGCACGCACUCCCACGGCAGCAGGCACGGGACCGUCUCCUGUCAGCAGAUAGUCAUAACGCCAGGUGCCCAGGGCCGUGCGGAGAGGGGGGAGACCAGAGUGGCCCGUGCAGGGAACAGAGGGAGGCUGUGUCUGGCCGUAGUGGAGUGUGCGGAGGGGCAUGGAGCCAGGUGAGCCCGAAGGGGGAGGAGGAGGAGAGGAUGUUGGGGGAGGCUCUGGCCACCACUGAAGGCACCGGGGAGCCCCAGAGGCUUCUGGAAGAGAGUUGGCGGCCUGAUGAAGAGUGUGGUGAGAGGUAAGAAGGCAGGAGUGGCCUGUCCAGCGCUAGGCCUGGCGGUACCGUUCCCAGCCCAGGUGUCUGGCCGAGGCGAGCACAGGCCCGGGGAACGGUUACUGAGCGAGUGGUGAAAGAAUGGCUCUAGCAAAAGAUGAGGCCUGAACUGAGACCCAGACAGGAGGAUGCACGAGUGCCAGAAGCCAUUGCGCUUGGAAUUGGCAGGCCGUGGCGCUCCUUGAUUGGAGACUCCUUGGUACUCCUGCCGGGGUUUCCCUAGCGGGGAGAGAGGAAGGGAUGGGAAAGCCGCACACCGAAUAGCAUGGUGAGAGGUAUGGAGGGGCUGGCGUGGGGACGACUCCACGGCUUGGAGCAAAUGUGCAUCUAGGUGAAAGCAUAAGUGGAUUUAAAUGUCCCAGAAUUGGUUUCCAUUAAAUCUUCCCAUAAUUGAGAACAGGAAAGGGGAUUACAAAGACACAGAUGGCCCAGUCUACACCAGUUCACAAGCCGCCCAGGAGUUUUCCUUUCUAGGUGACUUUUCUCUAGACAGAUCUCAGGCAAGGGGUGGGGGGUAUAAAACCGCGCAGUGCCUGUGUGCUGUUGUGUUUGGGGGGAGGUGGCCCACCACCACCUGGAGAAGGCCCUCACCCAGAGAACACGGAGUGUGUUUGCUUAAGGGAUAAAGGGAUAAAGCCUCCACCUCCUGAGGCAGGGAGUGUGGCUGAGGCCCCCGGGGAAGGGGACGUUGCUCUGUGUUGUUGAGAGACCCAUUCUUUAUGGAAGGCAGCACAGUGAGGGUGAGAAGAGACAGGACUGAGCUCCCUCAAUUAUGAACCGUGGCUCUGCCUCUGGUCCAUGAGCCUCUUCUUACCAAACCUCGGUUUCCCUUUCUGUAAAAUGGGAAUACUAAUGUCUUCCUCAUAGGUUGUCAUGAGUAUUCAGUGAAAUAAUAAACAUGUCUUGUACCUAGCACAGGUUACAAAUGUGGACGUUUCUUCCCUUCUCGUGCUGGGCUUUCUGGAGCAGGGGAGCAAGAGGUAAAAGCUCCGUUCUCUUUCUCUCCCAGUGUCAGCGGAAGCUGAUGGAGAAUCGAGCUCUGGAUCCAGGGACUCGGGACUCCUAUGGUGCCACCAGCCACCUCCCCAACAAGGGGGCCCUGGCGAAGGCCAAGAACAACUUCAAAGACCUGAUGUCCAAGCUGACGGAAGGCCAGUAUGUGCUGUGCCGGUGGACAGACGGACUGUAUUACCUCGGGAAGAUCAAGAGGGUCAGCAGUUCUAAGCAGAGCUGCCUUGUGACCUUCGAAGAUAAUUCCAAAUACUGGGUCCUGUGGAAGGACAUACAGCAUGCCGGUGUUCCAGGAGAGGAGCCCAAGUGCAACAUCUGCCUGGGGAAGACAUCAGGGCCGCUGAAUGAGAUCCUCAUCUGUGGGAAGUGUGGCCUGGGUUACCACCAGCAGUGCCACAUCCCCAUAGCAGGCAGUGCCGACCGGCCCCUGCUCACACCCUGGUUCUGCCGACGCUGCAUCUUCGCGCUGGCUGUGCGGAAAGGCGGCGCGCUGAAGAAGGGCGCCAUCGCCAGGACGCUGCAGGCGGUGAAGAUGGUGCUGUCCUACCAGCCCGAGGAGCUCGAGUGGGACUCGCCCCACCGCACCAAUCAGCAGCAAUGCUACUGCUACUGCGGCGGGCCCGGAGAAUGGUACCUGCGGAUGCUGCAAUGUUACCGGUGCAGGCAGUGGUUCCACGAAGCCUGCACCCAGUGCCUCAAUGAGCCCAUGAUGUUUGGAGACCGGUUCUACCUGUUCUUCUGCUCCGUGUGUAACCAGGGUCCAGAGUACAUUGAGAGGCUGCCCCUGCGAUGGGUGGACGUGGUUCACCUGGCCCUCUAUAACCUGGGGGUGCAGAGCAAGAAGAAGUACUUUGACUUUGAGGAGAUCCUGGCCUUUGUCAACCACCACUGGGAGCUCCUGCAGCUUGGCAAGCUCACCAGCACCCCCGUGACAGAUCGAGGACCGCAUCUCCUCAACGCUCUCAACAGCUACAAAAGCCGGUUCCUCUGUGGCAAGGAGAUCAAGAAGAAGAAAUGCAUCUUCCGCCUGCGCAUCCGCGUCCCCCCCAACCCGCCAGGGAAGCUGCUGCCCGACAAGGGACUGAUGCCUAGCGAGAGCGGCGCCUCCUCCGAGCUGCGUAAGAGAGGAAAGAGCAAGCCUGGUUUGUUGCCUCACGAAUUCCAGCAGCAGAAAAGGCGAGUUUAUAGAAGAAAAAGGUCAAAGUUUUUGCUGGAAGAUGCUAUUCCCAGUAGUGACUUCACCUCUGCCUGGAGCACCAACCACCACCUCGCCAGCAUAUUUGACUUCACGCUGGAUGAAAUCCAGAGUUUAAAAAGUGCCAGUUCAGGCCAGACCUUCUUCUCGGAUGUGGACUCCACAGACGCCGCCAGCACCUCUGGCUCCGCCUCCACCAGCCUCUCCUAUGACUCCAGACGGACAGUGGGCAGCCGCAAGAGGAAGCUGGCAGCCAAAGCAUACAUGCCACUGCGGGCAAAGCGGCGGGCGGCUGAGCUGGGUGGACACUGCCCCUCGGACAGCAGUGCAGAGGGGGCUUCAGGCCCCGAGCGGCCAGAAGAAGGCAUUGACAGCCACACGUUUGAGAGCAUUAGUGAAGAUGACUCAUCCUUGUCCCACCUCAAGUCAUCUAUCACCAACUACUUCGGCGCAGCUGGGCGGCUGGCCUGUGGGGAGAAGUACCAGGUGCUGGCGAGGAGGGUCACGCCUGAGGGCAAGGUUCAGUACCUGGUGGAGUGGGAAGGGACCACCCCUUACUGACUAGCCCUGGGGGGAGGCCAGGAGCCCUGAAAACCAAAGGAGGGACAGCAGAAGCCAUAGGCUCCAGUUUUCUCCGGGCUGGGGUGGGAGAGGGAAGCAGGACAGAGCUCCAAGUGCAUGGCCAAGGCCCUGCCUGCCUGUCUGCCUCUCAGGCCAAGGCCAAGGCCUGUGUCUCUGCUGUGCCAGUUCUGCUCUAGGGCCUCCUCAGGCUCGUCACCCCUUCGCCUGUGUCCCUAAGGUUCCACUGGCUAUUUUCCAGUGUCUCCACACUCCACACCCCCAACUCUUUACGCGUUCCUCUGAAUUUGUGUCUCCCUGGCUCUGUGACCCUUUCUCCUGAGGCCCGAAUCUUUGUCACCAGCUCUGUCCCUUAACCUCUCUCUUCCCUUUUGGGUGUGUUUAUACAUCCUAUGUGUGCACACUGUCCCUCCAGUGGGUAUCUUUACAUCUGACCUGUGGGGCAGCCGGUCCUUCUAGGACUACGUUAUGAGGACAGGAACCUUUGAGAGAGAAUGGGAGGAGGAGGAUAAGAGGCUGCCUCUUGGAGCUUUUCCCUCCCACUUUCCUGCCCUCGGAGAGAGGUGGUGGGGGUGGGAGAAGGGCCCCAUGAACACCUAUGAGGGGGGAGAGACUCCGAGACUCUCGGAUGUGAGGGGCAAAGAGCUGGGUCUGCCUCCGAAGGCCGGGGCACCAGGGCCCAGGUAUUCGGGCUGAGUGAAGGCUGCGGGAGUCAGCCGUGGAGCUCCCAGAAGUUCUUGGUUCUCUGGCCACACCCCUCCAUUGCCACAGACCUGGGCCUAGCCUUGCUGGAGUGGAGGCAGGAGGGAGGGCAGCCAUGUCGUGCUACACCCAGACUGUUUCCGGUGCCUCCCGGCCCUAGACCCACCACGGACGCAGCCAGACAACACACAUCCACUCACACGGAAGUUUCCACACACGCCUCCACACCACAUGUGCACGCGCGGCACACAUUCCCUGUGGGGCCAGCCUGGCUCCCGCCCUUGGCCCUCUGCAGGGCCCUCGUGCUGCAACUCAGUGUGCGAGCUCGGCUCCUGCCCCUCCUUCAGCCCCACAGGGAAGCACAGGGGACUCACCCUCUUCCAUAUCCCCUGCCCUGCCCAGAAGUUCACCAUCACUUUUUGGGACAGGCUGCAAUUUUUAAAGGGGCUGUAUCACUCAGUUCCCUCAAAGGGAAACCUUUGCCAGUGGGGGUAGUGUUCCCUCAUCUGGAGGGAAACCAAAAUUGGGAGGGGGAAGGGGACCCCUCAUUUUUGCUGCUUCCAGAGAUGUUAGAAACUGACUCACUUGAUUGGAAAAUGAAAAGAAGUGCCUUGACUUGGGGGGUGGGCACCAGAUGGGGACCAGCCUUGCCAACUGCUGCUGUGGCCUCCAGCAUGGGUGGGUUCUGCGGGCCGCCAGCGGGAAGGCGAAGGUGGGUGGAAAAGUGAGAGGUAGGGGGACCGAGGCCUGAGAAGCUGGGUUUUCCAUUACUAGGCCUGAGUCCCCUCCUCACCUGUGAGCAUUCACGGGGUCCCUAAGGUAGUUGAGAUGCCCCCUGCCUUAAACCUCUGCUGCCAUCGUGCCUUUCAAAGGGACUUCACCCUCUGUGUACAGCCCACCUGCCUCCCUCUGCUCCCCUGGCAAGGCCCAGGCAGGGACAGGCUGGCUUGGGCCCAGUUCUUCCCCCUCUCAGCCCCACAGCUGCUGCCACUGGGGCCUCCAACUGGGGCCAGGUGGAAGGGGAGCUGAGAAGCCAGCCCCCAGCCCAGUAGGGGUGUGGGGCCUGGGAUGCAAUCUGUGGCUUCCUGCCUGGCUUCAGAGCACACAGCAGCCUCCCAGGCCUCCUUUCCAGACUUCUGAGAAAGCCCAGGAUGAGCAUGGCCUGUUACAGUACAGCUGCACCUUCCCUACUCAGGCUCCAGAGGGCUCUGGGCUUCAAGAGAGGAAAGGAGGGAAGGUGGUGUCCUCCCUACCUGGGGAAGCAGGAGCCCUAACAAGGUGGCCCCGACUCCCCACUCCAGCAUUUCAUUCAUACCAGAUCAUAGCUGCAUUACUGCCAACUGACCCCGUAACCCUUUGCACCUUCUAAAAGAUUCAUGGUUUUGAAUUGCUGCUUUUAAUAACAUUUGUUACAUUAAAGUUAUAAUUAAUGUGUCUGA